AUGGAGCGGAUGAGGCAGCAGAAGGAGACGUUGAAGGCUUUGAUUCGAACUGAUGCACAACCAGUUCCAGACGCUCCCAGUGACGAGCUGGUUUCAGAGCGCACGGGUCAGACUCGCCUCAGGUUGCUUGCGUUCCUGCUGAGAGCGAUCGAGGAGUCGAACGGAGGAACGUUAUCACACCUCCAAGCCCCUGACAGCAGAGAGGCCUCCCCUCCCCUACCACCGGGUGGCAGUGAUCCCAUCGCUCAGCGCAGUGUUGCUGCUCCAGCGUCCGUCCUCCUGCCGGAGCUCCUCCCCCCAGAGCUCCUCCCUCCUCCGGCCCGAGCAGCGAAGCCGCCAGUGACCCGCAUCCGACUGGGAAUCAUGGAGGCGGCGGAACAACACGAGCUCAGUGCGAUUCAAGAGGUGGAGACGUCCUUCAUGAACGACAGAGUCACAGGCCCAGAGAAGAACCUGAAGGGACCAUCAGCUGUGAACUGGGAUCCGCAGGAGGAAUCCGAUUUGUCCGUCUCAUCUGACAGGACUCAGGACACGCCCUCUGCGUCCAGCAGCGGGAAACGGACGGACGACAGCUCGAGCAGCUUGGGGACAAACUCUGAGACGUCCCAGCAUUCCGUCUGGAGAGAGAGACUUCUGACGGGAGCAGUGACCUCUUCAGAAUCUUCAGUGUCUGAUUCCGUCCUGAGGAUGAUCUCGCCUCCUUCGUCGGACUCUGGGAGAGGAGCCGACGUCUCGGGUCCGGCAGCCACGAGCUACAGAUCCUUCCCAGAGUCUCCCCUCAGGCCUCCUGACCCUCACUGCCUCUCCUCCACCACCAUCUCCAGCGGCAGCUACAUCACCACCGAUCCUGAGCAGAACGUAAACACUGACACGCCCCCAGCUGUCUCGCUCUGUGAGGACCAAGGAGCCGAUGUUCUCGACGUCUCCUCUCCUCUCGGUCAACUCUCCUACAUCAGGGACACGUCAGCUGCACGUCGUCAUGGUGACGCUGUUCAAACUCUGUUUAGCGACGGCAGCAUUCAGCGGAUUAUAGAGCGAUACACGAGGGAGCUGGACUUCUCCCUCAGCUCCGCUGGGAGAGCGACAGACAGUGAAGACUCGUGUGUGGACGAGCCCGGUUCUGUGGCCGGAGCCUCGGAGACGAGACUGGAGGGCGAAGGCUCUGCAGGUCGUCAGGCUCCGCCCCCUCAAAGUGACCUGGAUCCAGACUUUCGUGUCCAUCCAAUCCCGGAUCACUUCUCAGGUGACACCUCCUCCCAGGCGGAGGACUCGUUCCGGCCUCUGAUUGGCCAGCUGGCGGAGCAGUCCUCCUGCCUCGCUGCUGACCCGAGGGACUCGGCCAUGGAGCGACUGGUCGGGCAGCCGUCGGCUCACUCGUCCAUGAUCGGUCAGCUUCCAGUGGGCGUGGGUCAGGGGGGGUGGGAUUCCACUCUGAGCCGGAUGAUUGGUCGACUCUCCCACCUGUCCGGUGCUACUGGUCGGAGCGGCUGGCAGGACGCGAGUCAGCUGAUGGGUCCGAUGGAGGCGGAGCCGUCGACCACGUGGUUGGAUGAAGUUCAGGAGGAAACACAGAUGAGGCCGCUGGUCGGGGAGCCGGACACCGAUCACAGUGGAGUCUCAGGUGAGCAGACCCACAUGGAUCCCAGUGUCUCAGCUGAGACCAGUUCACCAUCACACCCAGAGACCAGUUCACCCUCAGACCCAGAGACCAGUUCACCCUCACUCCCAGAGACCAGUUCACCAUCACACCCAGAGACCAGUUCACCCUCACUCCCAGUGUCUCCUCCUGACCCGUCGUCCCACUGUGCCACUGUCCCGGCUGCGAGUCCACAUCCAGAGGACCAGAUCCCACCGAGCCAGACCAGUCCACUGGACCUGGACCCCGACGUUUUCCCAGGCUCAGACUCUUUCCACCCGCUGCUGGCUGAGGUCACCCACAACGACACAGCCGACCCCUCCAUGACCUUUCACCUGCUGUCACACAGAGGGCCGUCCUCACUGGAGCUGACCAGUGAGGAGCCGAGUGUUUCCUCCGCUCCUGGAGGCUCCGACACUCGCGGUGAUUCCUCUGUCGAGUCCGACCCGUCGCCUGAACGCCUUCGCUCGGAGAAUCCUGCCGAACACCAACUCCUCCAGGACCAAACCCAGGAAUCUGCCCUCGUGCUGGAAGACACCAUGAGUGCAGACGUGGAGCUGACGGAUCUGAGUCUGUCAAAUGUAAUCAUGUGUGAUGAAGCACCUGCUGCAGGCACAUCACAGCCAGCAGGAGGCGCUGCAGAAACGUUUUGUGAUUCAGUUCAAUUCAGAGACGUUUGUGAAGAAAUGACCUCUGCUCCGGGCUCCGACCUGAGGAAGGAUAUUCCGCUCUUCCAUAGGAUUAUGGACGCGGCCGGUCAGAAGGGGAUCCUGGAGCAGUCGGAGAUAACACUGAUGAGUCUGACAGACGAAGACACAACCAUCACUGAGGAAGAGGGAGAUGGUGAAGAGAACAAUCCAGAUGAGGAAGGACAGAAAAGCAAAGAGACAGAGGGGGCAGCAUCCACGUUACCUGAGGACGGAGCUCAAACUCAUCCAGAGACGCUCCUGGACGCUCACUGGGGUCCGAGCCGACGCCUGCAGGACGUGAACGAGCAGAAGCGCAGGGCUCUGAUCCAGAGAUCCUCUCGCCGGGUGGAAGGCAUCAAGGCCAGAGUGGCUCUGAACAGGAAUCGAGCUGAAGCUGAAGCCAGGGAAGAGGAAACCGAACUUCGACUUCCAACUGACGAGUCAAAGGCCGGAGAGAGUGAAACGUCUGGUUUCAUCCAGCAGAGCAAGUGUCCGCCUCCACCUCCAGCGAGCGCCUCCGUGCUGAAAGAGGUGAAGAUCUACGGCCCAGAGCAAAGGAAGCGGGACGUUUGUGAGAUGUACCAGAGAACUCAGAGACUGUUCCAUCAGCUGGAGGAGGUGAAGCAGCAGAAAACCAUCCGGAGCCGACAGGAAGCGUCCGCACAAAAUCGACUGAAGGCCAAAGAAUUCCACAAGAAAACUUUAGAGAAGCUUCGAGCCAAGCAGACGCAUCCGUGACUCCAUG